UUGGAGCUGCACUACGAGGAAAACACUCUGCCUACAGGUUUUGUAAUUAGAAUCCCCAUGCCAUUUUUACUAUUUAAACUUUAGAUAUAUGUUAACAUUUGAGACACUUCAGAAAUUAGGUAGAUUUAGAGAAGCUAGUGAACUGACUGAAGAGUACUGAGAAGCAGUUACCACCGGGGCAACUAUGAGGACAGUAAUAAGCAAAACGUAUCACAUUAGUACCUUUAUGUGGUAUACAUUCUUAACUUCAAUACUUCUCUCUAAGGACCCUAAAGAACUGCCCCAAGGACUUUUUGUAUAUGGUGGACCAUGGAAAUAUCUGACUUUCCUAAAUUUGGUUUUACAGAUGGUGUUCUUUGGCUUGGCAGCCCUGAGUGAUUUUCAGCUUCCAUAUAUGAAAGGCGAAGCAAAAAAACUUCACCUCUGGAAAGACCUCCUAUUCUCUGUGCUGGCAUUCCCUGUGGGCUCAUUUGUGGUCAUGGUUUUUUGGGGAAUGUUUAUGUAUGAUCGGCAACUGGUGUACCCUGAUAACCUCGACAAUUUUUUUCCUCCCUGGAUUAACCAUGCUAUGCACACAGCUGUUCUGCCUCUGCUAGCAGUUGAAAUUGUUCUCCAUCGUCAUGCUUAUCCGAAGAAACAGAAUGGACUAGCUACUCUUGGAAUUAUUGGGGUGGGCUACCUGACCUGGGUCAUUUGGAUAUACCUCACUGUUGGGGUUUGGGUGUACCCAGUCCUUGGCAAGUUCACCCCAGCUGGCCUUGCCUUCUUCUUCCUUUUCAACAUGAGCGUUGUGGAAGGUCUGUAUCUAUUUGGAGAAGCACUAAACUGCUUCAUCUGGGGCCAACCCCAUUACAAGGUGAAAAGGACAUGAAUGCUUCCUCCACCCUUUCUGAGAGAGCCCCGUGAAGUCACUGGUGCAGACUGAGAGGCCUGUGUACUGCCAAGGGAGCCAUGAUCAUUCCAAAAGACCUGGUGCAUUGUACCACAAACACUUCAUGUGUCUUUCAUCAGUUCUCAUUGGUUCUAUUAAAUACAAAGAUCAAGCUGCAACACUGGAACAUUGCUUAUAAAGCUGGUUAUUUACAGAAAUGAUCAAACACAUUGGUACUAAUAAGAUUUGUUAUUUUUCUCCGCAUUUCCAGGCUCUGUGUUUUCUGUGGUCCAAACACUGUACUGUACUAUAUAUUGGAAUUAGUUUCAUUUUUGUUUUUUGAGAAUCCUACCCUAUAUAAAUGAGAAAUGAACCCCCUUUACAUACCAGGCAUACUGUCCCACAUUCCUCCUUGUAUAAAUGAAAAGAUGCAAGUCAUCCGAAUUGGAAUACUAUUUGUAAAACUGGAUUAGCUAAUCAACAUAUGAUAUAGAGUGAAACACCAAAGAUGACUGUAAUUAGUAUGUCCUUUGAGAUUAUAUUAAGUGUAAUAGGGUUUCCAAAUCUCUUCUUUUCGAAAAGUAAUUUCUCAUAUUAAAUGUAUCAGUGGGAGAAAGACUUUUGAUACUCAUCUUGCAUAAAAGUAAAAGCAAAAAUAAAUAAAAACUUAUAUUUGUUUUCCUCUCACCUCUAUUUCUUCAUAUGUGUAACUAUGUAUUUAUAUAUUUGUGAUUGAAAGUGUGUUACAGUACAGUAUGUGUGUACUCAGAGAGGAUAAACUACAAAAACUGAGGAAUCAACCACCAUAUAAUAUUAAAAUACCUAAGUCUGUAAUAUUAAAAUACCUAAGUCUGUCGUAUGAGUCUAGUGUACCUCAUGCAUGCAGUGUAAUCAGAUAAGUUAUAUUCCAUAAUGUUCAGGAGAAAAAAAACACUUUGGCGCCACCUGUUGAUACAGAAUAAGUUGCUUCUAACUGCUCACAUUGUGAAUUGAUCUCUAAAAUGUAGCUUAAAUAACACAGCAGGGCCCUAACAUGUGACCACUUUCAGCAUGGCUCCACUAGCACUCUAUUAAUUGUGAACUGUCUUAAUUACAGUACACAACAAUGUAAGUCUACAUUUGUUAAGCACAAUGUGAAAUAAAAUAUCCAGUCUAUAGUUGUCAGAUGCUGUCUGUGACAUUGGAUAUCACUAAAUGUGUGCAUUAUAUACAUUAAAUGUGACUGGGACUAAAAUGAGUUUGUGAUUACAAGAGACAAUUGAAACACCAGGUUAUGCAGAUAGAUACUGGAUCAAUAGUCUUCUAUGUGAUCAGAAAGUUUCAAAGAUUCAUGUCUCCUGCAGGUCUGGAUCGAUGAUAUUUUAAUGUGCCAGUAAUGUGAGAGUACUGAACAUCUUAGCAACUCAUUCACAGCUUAUCUAUCCUUUCAUGUCAUGAAAGUAACAGUCAAAGGAGAAUUGCAAAAAAGGUAUUGUAUUAAUGGAUGUGCUACAGCAACUAUUUAAG